AUGGAGCAGUCGAUCCUGACGGCACUCGAAAUCAAGCGCCGCUUAGUCAAGAGACGCUUGACAUUCUUUGAUAUAAGAGAAGAUAUAGCGAACCUCACCUCAUUGUACGACCACGUCAGCGCAUUGGAGAAAGCGGCGCAGAUAUUGCUACGCAGCCAGAUCCGGAGGCUCAUCCAUAUAGUCGCUGAUCUGGCGGCUCAACUGGAAGAGAGGACGAACGUGCAGCAGACUAAUUGGAUUGCCGUUUUGGAUUGCUUUGACGAUAGUGACUCCAGUUCUGUGACCAACAAUUCAGAGAGUAUCUCCUGGGCUGAGGAAUUUCUCGAAAAAAUUGAAACACAAUUCGUCAUCGGCGCUGGUGGCUUCGGAUCAUGCACUAAAGUUCUCUUCGGGGGAAAACUACCGAUGGCGUUCAAGAUUGUUUCCCGCCAACGAAUAUCUAGACUCAAACAAGCGGCAGGGGACAAGGUUUUCGCGAGCAUGACACAGUCGAGAUAUCUGUGUCGUUAUUACGCGUGCAUUGCCGUCGAAGACUACUACUUGUCGAUGCAAGAGUACAUUAGAGGGAUCGAUCUGCAAAAGUGCGUCAAGAGUCAAUCGGCACUGCCGGUCAAUGUGUGCCGCGUGGUCCUCGCCCAGCUCGGCCAUGCUUUGCGCUAUCUUCAGUUGAAAGGUUUCAUUCAUCGAGACAUAAAGCCGUCGAAUAUCAUGAUAAUGCAAGGUUGUAGAAUAAAACUCAUAGACUACGAUACCGCGAAGAUAUGCACUGGAAAAUACGAGAGAGGACCACUGAAAAGUUACAUAAGGAAAACGUUUACGGAGUUCUGUGAUUGUGAGUCGGCCGGGACACUCAUGUAUCUUGCACCGGAAAUCAUUAAGCGCGCUUGCUACGGUAGAGCUAGCGAUUGGUGCAGCGACGAUGGCAUUCUGCGAGACCUAAUCGUCGAAUCGGAUCUGGAUGGGGAUCGCGUCUCCGGUGAUGCUGAUUUGAAUUCUCUUUCCCGGCGUUUGAUGUGUAAAGACGUUUACAAACGGAUCACUGUUGCGCGCUUCAGUGAAUUCCAGGAGCACCCUUUCUUCAAAACUAUCGAUUGGACGAGAAUCGAGAAAGGCAAGGAGCCGCUGGAGAGUUUCGCGCUCCUGAAUACCAUGUUGGAUCGGAGGAGCAACGGCAGAUGGUCCCCCAAGAGGGAAGUUCUGGUUAUAAAAGCUAGGCGUCGCAAAAGAAUCGUAGACGUCAACAGUCAGACAGUCACAAACGAGGCUCUAUUCACGUAUCUUUCGGAAGCCUUGCGGGAAAUGAUGGGACGCUCGGCUUUGACGGACGAGUCAAUAUCGGAGGGGGACCUCAGCGAGCCGACUGACGUCUUCUACAGCGAGGUUCAGAAACCGUCGCUGACAAUAGUGGAUUAUCGUUUCAAGAGUAAGAGUCCGGCGCCUCCCUACUGA